AUGGUUAGUCUUCCGUUCCCAGCAGCUGAAGAAUUGCUGGCACAUGCAGAGGACCCGGACCAUCGCUCGAUCAGGUUCCUUGUUUCAGGCAGUGCUACUUGCACCAAUCCAAUUUUCAAGGAGGUCAAGGGCUUUCAAGCGCGGCGUAUGCUACAUGGUACUUUCGAGCCAAAGACCUCGCUGUAUGGACAAUUUGAUGCACGACCUUACGGGGAAACUCAGUAUCCGGACACCUUUUCAGCAACGAAUAAUAUGGAUGACAGCUAUCUGUUCAUUCCACUACGAAUUGUACGAAAACCAAUCCCAGAACCCAACAACCGUGACUAUCGCAAGGGUUUAGUGGUGGUAAAGAUGCUUGACAUCUUCGCACAGAACCCAAUACAGCAUGGUCUUCGUUCCACAUCUCUUGAAACGACUUCCGGCUGUAAAUUCCGCGUGAGGAAGAAGGUGGUCCCCUGUAACCUGGAGCAGAACCCACCUCUCAAACUAUGGCUACCACUACAGAGAGAUGUAUGGAGCAAUCCUUCAUGA